AUGACAACAUUUUCUUCUUCAAAUUCAAGCGAGCAAGAUGCGGAAGAUAAUACUACAACUUUAUUCUACCAUAAGGUUGCCAUUCCCAAUUUGAAGCAUCUGACUUUGUCCUCCAUUAACAUUCAUAAGAUAUGGCACCAUCCAUCUUCCUUAUCUCUCACGCACUUGUGGAGCUUGCGGGUGGAAGGGUGUCACAAUUUGAAAUACCUGUUUCCGUCUUUCUUAGUAAAAGAUCUUGUGGAACUCAAAGUCCUUGAAAUUAAGGACUGUAAUGUGAUGGAACAAGUCCUCUUCACGGAUGGAUUGGGUGCAGAAGAUCAAUGGAGGAAUCAUACGAUUUUCUCUAAACUAGAGAGGCUGUCGCUGGAAGACCUUCCCAAACUGAAAGAUACCUGCUUUGAAAAUGAGUCUGAAUUCCCAUGCUUAAGAGGUUUAACACUAAAAAAUUGUCCUCUGCUGAAAACAUUCAUCUCUAAAUCUGUAUCUGGAGAUGAACCUCAAAUUCACCAACCUACACAAACAAAUAACUCUGUUGUUCUCAAUCAAAAGGUCAUUUCUUCUUCUUUUACUUUACCAUUCUUCUUCUUUUACUUCUUUCAUUAA